AUGGAAUCUAUUUCGUUUUCAUUCAGGUAUGUACCAUCCCUUAAAAACUGUGCCUCCAUUUUCGCUAAAUCUUGAAGUUCGACACUACAACUUACAAUUUUUCUUUUGAUAUAACAGUAAGGAGCCGCCUGACAACUACGUACUUGACGUUUAAAAAAUUUUCGAUGUUUUCUGUCAAGUAUCGUAUCUAUUUGGAAGUCAUUCAGGUAUGUAUGAUCUCUUAAAUAUUGUACUUCCAUUUUUUCACAUUGAAAAUGAAGCGACAUUUUGAAAUUCGACCGUGAAGUGACCUGGAACCUAGUCAAUAUUCACUAGGAAAUACAGUGCAUUCCUAGUUCCUAUAGCACGCUAAGUUUAAAAUAACUAUAUAUGUAUACAAAUUUCUUGCCUUUCGCGUUCUUUUGCCCGAUGGAUCGAAGCCAAAAUCAAGUUAUAUUCUUCAGCUUAUUGUAGUGUUUUAUAGCACGCAAUAACACAUCGAUUUGUAUAACAUUUUAUUAUUCUUUGGUUAAUAAUAUAGCCUGGAAACGAGGCAGGUGUAAACUUUUCAUGAAAAUUAAUAAUUAACAAGUAAUAGUAUGGUUUCUCGUGCAAUUUGGAAAACAUACACUCGUGAGUUUUUCAAAGACUUCAAAUUGCACUCGUCCUUCGGACUCGUGCAAUUUUGAUCGUCUUUAAAAAACUCACUCGAGGUCUAAGGAUGGCUACGCCUUCCUGCCAUCCUUAGACCUUCUUAAGGAGGUCUAAAAGGAGGUCUAAGAGUGGCUAAGGAGUUCUAAGGAAGUACAAGGAUGGCUAUGGAGGUAUAAAGAUGGCUAAGGAGGUCUAACAAGAUCUAAAGAGAUCUAACGAUGGCUAAGGAGGUGUAAAGAUUUCCAGUUACACGGUGAUAUAAAAUUCGUGUACAGAGUAUAACAACAUAACUUUUUGCCCCAAGUUGUAAUUCCUCUCGUGUGAUAAAAACGCACUAAACAUCUGUCAAUUGCCGUUCGUUUGAAGAUUUGGAUCUCUGCUAUAUGUAUUGGGGUUUGUUUCCUUGUUUCCAUAGUUAAUUGGUGCAUAAUAUUUAGGUUUGUAUUUCUCGUCUUCAAUCAUCUUGGGCGUCAAUUUCUACCACUUAUCAAUCCCUUUUCUUUAUACUUGCACCAUACAUGCAUGCAGUAUGUUCAUCGUUAUGUUACAGGUUUACUAUACUAUUUCAUAGUCGCGUGUGAAAUUCUUGAAUUAUUCUUUUAGAAAUUUAUGUUGGUAUUCUAAUCAAUAACAUAACUGCUAUUUCAAAGCCUUUGAAUUUGAUACAAUUAUUAUAUUUAUGUUUCUCGUACUCUUUUAAGUUUUGGGUAUACAAAAUGCAAAACGUUACUUAUUGUUUUAAAUCUUAAUGGUCUUUUAAAGCUUUCAGCUGGUGAGAAUUUAAAGGUAGCCUUAAUGACGUAGUUAAUCAUGGUUGAUCAUCAAAUGCGAUGACGACACAUUACGCAGAUAUUGACAGUGCUCUUAGAAGAACUAAACGCUAUAGUUUUUAAAAACAGUAAAAUAGUGUACUUUACAGUUCUAAUCUCAGAGUGCUAUAAUGGUACAACUAUGCCACUGAUUAAGACUGGAUCAAAACGUCAAAUUCAAGGAUUGAAGACAUAUUCUAUAUUCACGCACCUGGCUAUUAACGUAUAAUCGUGGUGGGAUGAAGUCUUGUGCUCUAAAAUUCCACUCAUGUUGACGCUUGAUGAUAAGAGCCCUUCUGAAUUCGUUCGUUCUCGGUUCAAGUUUUCUCAAAUACUCAGAAAGCGGUUCGCAUUAGCCAAGAAAUACCAAGACUAAACUGUCAGGCUCCAACGGUGUAUUGUUUGACAUCUAAGAUCUAUCAACUCAACCGUGUUCCCAACAAUCGAAAAUAGAGCCCAUGCAGUCAAUCUUUUCAAAUUCGCAUUUAUCAUAUGUAAAAUAUGACUACUGCUCCUGGACGUACGCGUAUGGUUAAAAGAAGUCUUUGUUAAAACGACUGUUCUGGACGGAAGAGCUGAUUUAUAUAGUUAUAAGACUCUUGUCGCUUUUCUUCACUAGUAAGACUAUUCUGAAUCGGGAAAUAAAGAUGAAAUGUGGUGUAAAUUAACUGCAGACCACAAGCUGAGCGACACAAAAAGCAUGAUUUAAUGUAUUUAAAUAAUUCUCAUAGUGAGGGGUUUGCUGUAAUGCCUAAUGGGAGAUAUUUUUCUCUUGCUGGGCAUCUAUAUUAUCUUUGAAUUUUGCUAUACAGGGUGCACAGCUGCAGAGUUCCUUCGCUGUUUAAGCCGUAUUGCUAAAUUUAAAUUUUACUCUAGCUCUUCUCAUGUAUAUAUAACCUGUGUACAGGCUGUAUUAUGCUGGGAUACAGCCUAGUUCCUCGCCUUUUCGCUUCCGCCUUACUAUUUUAGGGUGGUAUUUUGACAAAGUUUGCAGGUACGGUUUUAAUAACUGUGUGAAAAUUCGUGGCUGCGCUACCCAGAUCUGGGUAGUUGAUUCUGAUCGGUCAUAGUUAAAACUCAGUAGAUUUGAUUGGCUGAGUUGAAAGGUCAACAAAGUUCUGACAUUUCUGGCUAACGUAAACAAAUCAUAUCACGCUCAAGAAUUGUCGUUAUUUUCAACUCCUUGUUGCAUUUCAUUUGUUCCUAUAUCAUAGGAUGUCAUAUUAAUCUGCAAUACAUUUUGGCAUCGAAAAUUUAGUAGUUUGAAGCACAGAGAGAAGUAAAAUUUAGUUUUAGCCUGCGAAUGGGUUUUGAAAAAAAAUUUUCUAGACUUUUUCCCACCAACAGGAGGCAACAAUGAAUCAAGUGUCAAGAAAAUAUUCUUUCGAUUUUGAAAAUCAAAGUCCAACGGUCGAUGAUAUUUAAGUCCAGCCAAUCAAAACCAUUAGGUUCAGUCGAGGCCAAUCAGAGUCGACUACCCACGUCUGCGUAGCGCUGUUGGGGGGGGGGGGGGGGGGGGGGGGGUCGAAAAGCAAUGCCAGGAAUUUUCAGAGACUGUAUUAAAAUACAGUCUCUACAUACGGCUAUUCUUAGUGAUAGAAUUUCCUUAAAAUAAUCCCAUGGCAUGGUGCUGAGCGAUAAUAACUUUUUGCCCAGUUAAUACUGCGGACAAACGUGAAGCGCAUGCGCGAGUCUACGAAAAUGGCGGAAGUAAAUAAGGGAAAAGAAAGGCAUUAAUUUACUGCAAGGAAACGGCUAAAGGUAUAAUCCCGGGAAUUUCAUCGCUUUUUCCUUCUGAUAAGAAGAAGUUAUACUUAGUUUACACUUUCGCUAUUUUCUUUACACUUUUUGCUAGAGCUUCGUGCAGACAAUACUGUUUCCAGCCUUUCAAACGACUGGGCCUGGGGACGAGUCAGAUUUCGAAUACCAGCAGUGGACGUUUGAAGAAAUGAAAUGUUUGAGGGAACGGACUCAAGUGUUUAACACUGAGUCAGUUUAAUUGACCUAUACAAAAUUCCUACUAGUACUGUGAUCACAGAAACUUUGAUAUUCACAGAAACUAUAUGCCCACCUCGAAAACGUUCAUAAAUGGCUAACAGCCAACAAUUUAACGUUGAAUACAGAAAAAAUAUAUACGUUGUCUUUGAAUACAGAGUUGGAUCUCGGCAAAAAUUAAAUGAUAUGCCCAGUAUUCCACACAUAUAUAGUCAAUGGAGGUCAGACAAUAAAUCAAGUACCAGACAAAAAAGUUUUAGGGGUUAUAAUUGAUGAUCAAUUAAGGUGGCAUGAUCAUAACGAUGCACAGUGUAAAAAAAAUUCAAAAGGUAUAUAGCUCUCUUAAGAAGAGCAAAGCCUUUUCACUUUUGUGACACGAGAUACAUUACUAACAAUGUACAAAUGCAAAUACCUUCUUUUACCACAUUUUACAUAUUGCUCGACUGUAUGGUAUAAUGAAACAACUCACAGAUCUACGAAAAACGUCGAAAACGAGCUGCUCGGGUGAUAACAAAUUCAAGUUAUGACAUUAAAUCACUCAACAUAUUUGAUAACCUAAAGUACUUUUACUAAAGGGGAACAAAGAAUGACCUUUAAGGCAUUAAGAGGCAUGGCCAUAUGGUACGUACAGUCCAAGAAGCAAUAAUCGAAAGCUGCCUUUACCUUGAAGAUAAACCAAAUACAAAUUUCUUAAAACGUAUAGUUUUUCAUAUCGAGGAGCAAUGUCAUGGAAUAGUCUACCACUCGAAAUCGUGGGUAAAUACGGCGAUUUGUCAAUCGAAUCAUUCAAAAGACUUAUUCACUAUAGUCCCGAUUAUAGAUAUAUCGUUAUCGCAAAAUAUUUAUUAGUUUUGUACGUGCAUCAUUCAUCAAUGUAAAUACUAGUUUUUAUUAGGCAAUUUGUUCAUGCAUUGUAUUUUAAUUUUUACACGGCUCUUUGGAAACCAGGAAACUGAAAGACCACCAUGUAUGUAAAUAAAUUUAAUAAUAAUAAUAACUAUAGCAUUGUUCGAGAGUCGAGUUAGCAUUUCGACCGUCGCGGGUCCAGCCGUAACAGGCUGAAUUUUCUGGUUAUAGCAUCAAGGUUAGGAUUAACGUUGAGAUCAACGUUGAGAUUCAGAUUAGGGUAAGGAUUGAGUUAGAAAUUGUAAGAACUUCUACUAUGUCACCACCAAUUGUUGUGGUCACAGCAGCGAAACCAGGGCCUAUUCUAAGGAAAUCUCAAUACUGCACACUUCAUAGCAGGUGUCAUCAUCUUUGAAUUGUUAUGUAUUUAUGUAGAACAUAAUGACAACAUACAGGGUGUCCCCCCAAAAGUAAACUCUUUCAAAUUCAAAUCAGCCAUAACCUAUUGAAGUAAUUCGCUGAUGCAACACAAAUGAUCCUCGAUGAUAUAGCUGUCAAAUUACCACAAUAAAUUACGGUUAAUUUGAAUUUGAAAGAGUAUACUUUUUUGAGACACCCUGUAGAUAGCCUGCAUGGCAGGCGGUCUAGGCUUGCCCGAUUUUAGGGACCGCCUGCCAUGCAGGCUACCCUGUAGAAUGACAACAUGACUUUUUCCUGGGGCAUAGUCAGAUGAGCACGUAUUGUUGUAAAAUAUUGAAUAUUAGAAUUAUUACUGGAACUUGGCAUAUAUUUGGCCAAUCUUUGUUUGUGCCUUUGCUCAUUUUGUUGCAAAGGCAUUUUGGAAUUCUCGACUUUCUAUUUCAUCUACUUCGCUCCUUUAGCACAUCUUAUACAAAGUUGAAAUUUAUUUCAAACUUGAAAUUUCAAUACUGCACACUUUCGCAUUCAAUACUGCACACUUUUUAUCCAAUACUGCACAAAGUGUGCAUAAAAUAGGCCCUGAGCGAAACGAACAUAUAUGGUGAUAACAUGAAAUGUGGUCACAGCAGUGAAAUGAACAUAUGGAAAACCGACUUACAAUUUACAAAAAAAGCUUUUUAACAGCGCUGAAGACUUUCUAUUAAUGCAUUUAUUCAGGCAAAAUCUUUCUAGUAGACUUUGUUUUUAGUUUUUUCUUAUUAAAAUGGCAAGCGAGAUCCCUGAACUGGUCUCGCGAGAAAAUCGCGAGGUCAGAAACCUUUCAUUAUUUUGAGCAUCAUGAUAAGAUCACGACGAUGCAGAAUUUUAGCGAUGAGCAACCAUUUCAAUUUAGUCAAUAGUUUAUCCAAAUAUAUUAUUAGUAAUAAUUUAUUAUUAUUUUCAUAGAUUGACAAAUACCAUUAUGAAGUUGAAAAAGCCCGUAUUAGCGCACUGUUUGCACGGGAAAAUACAAACACCUGCUAA